UUAUAAGCCAACUCUCAGUCCAGGGAAGACGCACUUGACGCCAUCCCUGUCUGCAGUCUCCCAGCUCCUCUGCCAUGCUGCAUCAAACGGUUCUCAGCCUCCUGGCCUGCGCUGUUUCUCUCAGCAGCUCUGCGGUUAUUCUAGAUAAUGGCAUGCCCAUCUUAUGGGCACAAACAGCCAGCCAACUGACCGAACUGCCGAUACAGAAUGAAGUCGUGAUGCCAAAUCCCUGGAACUUUCUUCACCGCAUGAGUCUUUACAGAUUGUUGAUCGCUGCUACAGAUCCCUUAAUGGGACCCAUGGGAACAGGUGCUAAUGAAAGUCCAUUUUGGGGACUGCCGCUUCAGCUUGGGUGGAUGCUAACUUCAGGACGUCUUGUUGACCCUACUGGAACCACAGCCUGUGGCAUGGAGACAGGAGAUACUAUGUGUAUUUCUACUGAGAGUUGGUGGGGCUGUGGGAACUACUUUGUUUCUGUCCUGCCCUUCCUUUCCGCUGCACACAAUGGAUUCAUGGGAGAAGGAGUGCCGGUCCAGAUGCAGGUGCCUGAGGGUGUAACGGACUUUUGCACCACAUAUGCUGACUGUUCCGCUUUGUUCCCUGAUGCUAUGUCUAAGUGGGAUGCCUUUUUUCAGGGCCUUAAAGCUGCGACUGAUAGUCCUCUUCCUGAAAAUGAGAAGAAAGAUGCUCUCCUUGGUCUCUACUGGCAGGCCCAAAUGGCUUCAACUUAUGCAUCUGCCACAUGCAACACCAAGAAGAGCCACUACUCUGCUCCAGAGGUGUCAUUUGCAAACAGCUGGCAGAACUCAGCAGAGUAUGUUGCUGCUGCACAUUUCCAAUCCAACUUGGAAAAGGCUUCAAAGUUUUUGAUCCCUUUGCCUGGUCGAGUCUUAAAGGAGGGUGAUGUUGCCCCUAACAUCGAAGGUCUGAGUACUGAAGAGAACAACUCCCUGUAUACCUUCUCCUGGAUGGAUAGCAUCAACACAACUCUGGGUGGGACCUUGGUGAAUAUGUGGAAAAAAGCCAUGUGCUCCGUGGUGGCAAGAGAGAAAGGCAGAGAACUGUUGGAGCAGGUCUUGCUGACUACUAAUUACAACUCCUUCACUUUCAUGGGCGUUCUCACUACAUUGGCUACUAGCUGUUAGCAAGACAAACAGCAAAUCUAAUAUCUUGAUUAUUAAAGAAUAAAAACAAAACAUAGAUGAUGACAACA